AUGUCCGCCAAGACGUGCACAGAGGUGACACUCGCGUGCCCCGUCGAGGCCACUGUGCUGGGGUACUACCCGAACCUGGGCAUCAACAUCUUCUUCGCGGCGGCCUUCGGGCUGUGUCUGCUCGGUCUGAUCGGCGUCGGCGCGUGGAAGCGGACUUGGGGCUACUCGAUUGCGCUGACGGCGGGAUGCGCGCUUGAGUUUGCUGGCUACCUCUCCCGCGUCUUCCUGCACUACAACCCCUGGAACCAAAACGCCUUCGAGACGCAAAUCUGCGCCAUCAUCCUCGCGCCAACACUAAUCUGCAUAUCCAUCUACCUAACCCUCAAGCACGCCACUUUAUCCCUAAACCCAUCGCUGUCACGCAUUCGCCCCCGGUUGUACCCGCUCAUCUUCGUCCCCGCCGACGUCUCGUGUCUGAUCCUGCAGGCCAUCGGCGGCGGGCUGGCCGCGAGCGCCGGCUCGGACAACCCGGCUGUGCUACUGAGUGGGGAUCGGGUUAUCAUUGCGGGUAUUGCGCUGCAGUGCGUUGUGCUGUUCUUCUUUGGCGCGGUUUGUGUGGAUUACUACUUGAGGGUCAAGCGGUGGGUGAAUGGGGAAGGAGAGGGCGAGGCGGUGAGGCAGGCGAGGGCGGUUUUCGCGGAUAAAAGGUUUGGGCUGUUUUGCUAUGCCGUUGCGGGUGCCUAUGGGGCGAUUCUGAUACGGUGUAUUUACCGUAUCGCCGAGAUGGCAGGCGGAUGGGGCAACUACAUCAUGCAGGACGAGCCGUCGUUUAUCGUGCUUGAGGGCUUCAUGAUCCUCAUAGCAGUAGUCCUCCUAACCGCCUUCCCGCCCGGCAUCCUCUUCCCCGCCAUGGCCCAGCGCGAAGCCCAGCGGUUCAGGCGCAACAAGGGCAAGAAGAGCAAGAAGAGCCUGGGCUCCGGGGCCGGCGCCGAGAAGCUCAGCGCCGAGGAGCCCAUCACGUCGUCGGGCGACGAGAGUCAGCGCGAACAGCAGAAGACGCCCGAGAGUCUGAGCGUCUAA